GGCCUUCCUGAGGAGCGCACGAGCCCCCGCGCGCGCUCCUGCUUUAUCCUCUCGGAAUAUCCGGAGUCGCGAGCGCUGCUGGGCUCGAGCGCACCGGAACCAUGGCAACCGCGAGGCCAGGUGAGGAGGAAAUCAUCUGGUCGUGAAGCAGAGAGAGUUUAGUCUUCAGCCCGGAAGUGCGCUUUUGUUUAAAAAAUAGAGAGAGAAUAAAAUAAAUGAGCACAAGAAAUUAUUAUUAUUGGAAGUGUAAUUGCCGGUAAUGACUGGAGUGAUGUCGUUUCAACGGUUUUCCGCGGCUUCAGAAGGCGAGACGCGCCAGAGGCUGAUCCGAACCGUGAAGAAGGAGGUAAAGCAGAUCAUGGAGGAAGCGGUCACACGGAAGUUUGUGCAUGAAGACAGCAGUCACAUUGUCUCCUUCUGCGCUGCUGUGGAGGCGUGUAUGCUACACGGGCUAAAGCGAAGAGCCGCCGGGUUUUUGCGCAGCAACAAAGUAGCCGCUCUGUUCACUAAAGUGGGGAAGAGUUUCCCUCCGGCUGAGCAGCUCUGCCGCAAAGCUCAGGAACUGGAACAACUACUGGAGAACAAAAAAGUUCAGAUGGGCUCGUGCAGUGAGACGUCUCGUAAAUUGCCCCCUCGGCUCCCUGGUUUCUCACCCCAGGUCUCUCGGCACCUCUGGAUCCGCACAGCUCUCAUCGAGAAAGUCCUCGACAAGAUCGUCCUGUACCUGGUGGAGAACAGCAGUAAGUAUUAUGAAAAGGAGGCGGUGCUCAUGGACCCGGUGGACGGCCCCAUUCUCGCCUCUCUGUUAGUGGGGCCGUGUGCACUGGAGUACACUAAGAUGAAGACGGCUGAUCAUUUCUGGACUGAUCCCUCAGCAGACGAGUUGGUGCAGAGACACCGCAUCCACAGCGCCCACUACAGGCAGGACUCGCCCAGCAAGAGACCUGCGCUGUGUAUACAGAAGAGACACUCCAGCAGCAGUAUUGACGAGCGUCCGUCCCCAUCCCCCUCAGCGAGGGACUACGUGGAGUCCCUGCACCAGAACUCCAGGGCCACGCUGCUGUUCGGCAAGAACAAUGUGCUCGUACAGCCGAGAGACGACAUGGAGGCCAUCCCUGGAUACCUGUCCCUGCACCAGACGGCUGACACCAUGGUGCUGAAGUGGACGCCCAAUCAGCUGAUGAACGGCUCUGUCGGAGAUCUGGAGUACGAGAGGAGUGUGUACUGGGACUACGCCAUGACCAUACGCCUGGAGGAGAUUGUGUAUUUGCACUGCCAUCAGCAGGUGGACAGUGGUGGCACGAUAGUUCUGGUGAACCAGGAUGGCAUCCAGAGACCUCCUCUGCGUUUCCCACAAGGUGGCCAUCUCCUGCAGUUCCUGUCUUGUUUGGAGAACGGCUUGCUGCCUCACGGUCAACUCGACCCCCCGCUGUGGUCCCAAAGAGGCAAGGGUAAAGUGUUUCCCAAGCUAAAGAAGAGAGGAGUUCAAGGGUCAGUGGACUCGGUCUCGGAUAAGGAGGAGGACGAAGCCACCGAUUAUGUCUUCCGCAUGAUCUUCCCCAGCAGCCAGCCUGAGCUCGGCGGUUCAGAGCCGAUUGAGCAGGGGGUAAGCAUCUGGCAUCCAACAACAAGGAAGUCCUCGUGUUCUCAGGCCAGCUUCACAGAUGGAGUGUCACCGAACAGCUGCAGCCACGAGAGAGCUCCUCUAAAGCUGUUGUGUGACAACAUGAAGUAUCAGAUCAUCUCCAGAGCAUUCUAUGGCUGGCUGGCGUAUUGCCGUCACCUGUCCACCGUGCGGACACACCUCUCUGCUCUUGUCAACCACACCAUCGUAAUGCCCGAUGUGCCGUGCGACGCGUCCGGAGGUCUGGCCGCCCCCGUGUGGCGAAAGUUCCUGCAGGACUGCAGUGCGUACGAUGAGCAGGAGCUCUGGCGCUUGGUGUAUUUUGGAGGAAUUGAACCCUCGCUACGUAAGGAGGUCUGGCCCUUCCUGCUGGGUCACUACCGGUUCGGGAUGUCGGAGAACGAGAGGAAAGAGGUGGACGAAAAGACGCGGGCGUGCUAUGAGAAGACGAUGAGCGAGUGGUUAAGCUGCGAGGCAAUCGUGCGUCAGCGGGAGAAAGAGCAGCACGCCGUGGCCUUGGCCAAGUGCUCGUCUAUGGCCAGCAUGGACAGCAACAAUCCAAGCAUGGUGCACCGUGACUCAUCCAUCAGCAACGAGUCGUCUCAGAGCUGCAGUUCCGAGAGGCACAGAGCUCACCUGCAGAGUGACUCCAGUGGCAGUACACAGUUCUUCUCUUCCCAAAGACCCUUCCCCUGGAGUAGUUGGCUUCCCUUUGGUUUCAUCCUCCAGGUGUUCGAGUCUGUGGACGAGGUCGAACAGAUCGAUGUUGAGCCCAAAGACGACGAAGUCAAACCCCUCCCCAAAGUCUCCAACGGCUCAGACUCUGGCCACCCAUCUUCCAGAAACUUCUCUGUCACCUCCGACUCUUUCAGUACAGAAGACAGCAGCGCGCAAGAGAUGAGCUCCAAAAUAUCCACCCGGGAAAGCGCCACGGAGGAUCAAAAGAUGGAGGAUGCCAAAACUGCUUCAGAUGUGGAAGCGCUUGUUCCAAGGAGCUCAAAUGCAAAGAAGACUGAGAAAACUGAUGAUCAGGGUGAAAAAACUGAAAUGAAACAUAUGGAUGCCUUGGGAGACAAUCUGGAAAAAGAGGUGUCUGAGAAAAAAAACAGGGUGGAAGCAGGAGAUCUGUCAGAAGCUGUAGAAGGUACUGGACAUCAGGUGGUAAAGAAGGAUGAGUGUGGAGUAGGGGAGCAAAGAAGAGGCUCCAAAACUGGAUACAAUCCAGAAGGUUUAAAGACACCAAAGAGCAAGACAUUAAACACUUCUACCUUUAGAAAGAAUGACGAAUACAAGAAAAUCCAAACAGGCCAAAAGAUGACAGGGAAAGAGUCAAUGACGGACACCCAAAGUUCAACUCGGGUUAGGGAGAAAGGUCAGGUGGAGGCGGUCAGGAAGAAGGUCACGAUGCCGAGCGCUCCUGUGGUAAAGGAGAUCGUGGUGCCUGUUGUGUUUGAAGCCUUCAGCAUGCGUGAAAUGAGCAAAGACACGCCAGCAACCGACUCCGACGAAUCACCUUCAGCCAUCGAGAUGGAGGAGAUCCCCGUGGCCCGGCUAGUUGGAGUUCAGGAGGGCAGUGAGGCGCUCUUGUCUGGAAUGCAGAAUCUCUACCCUCAGUUUGAUUCGCAUACCGUCGACAGUGAGCAGAGCUCCAAAACCUCUCCGGUUCCCACAGGAUCGACUUACUCGCAGGAGCUCUUGGACCUGUACACUCUGAACCUGCACCGUAUCGACAAGGACGUGCAAAGGUGCGACAGGAACUACUGGUACUUCACCCCGGCUAACCUCGAGAAACUCCGCAACAUCAUGUGCAGCUACAUCUGGAAGCAUCUAGACAUCGGCUACGUGCAGGGGAUGUGCGACCUUCUGGCUCCUCUGCUGGUCAUUCUGGAUGACGAGGCUCUGGCCUUCAGCUGUUUCACUGAAGUAAUGAAGAGAAUGAAUCAGAACUUUCCUCACGGUGGUGCGAUGGACACUCACUUCGCUAACAUGAGAUCCCUCAUCCAGAUCCUGGACUCCGAGCUCUUUGAGCUGAUGCACCAGAACGGUGACUACACACACUUCUACUUCUGCUACCGCUGGUUCCUCCUGGACUUUAAACGAGAGCUGGUGUAUGACGACGUGUUUGCAGUGUGGGAGAGCAUUUGGGCUGCCAAGCAUGUCUCCUCCAGCCAGUUCGUCCUCUUCAUCGCUCUAUCCCUUGUCGAGAUCUACAGAGACAUCAUCCUGGAGAACAACAUGGACUUCACGGACAUCAUCAAAUUUUUCAAUGAAAUGGCCGAACAUCAUAACGUGAAGCAGAUCCUGGAGCUGUCACGAGAGCUUGUUUGCAAAGUGCAGAUGCUUAUCGAAAACAAAUAACACACAGAUGAAGAAAGAGAGAGAGAAAGAGAGAGAGAGAGAGAGAGAGAGAAUUAAUGCCAUUCCAUUGCCAAAAAAGGUCCCUUGCUGCAUUAAACCCCUGACAGGGUACCACCAUGUGAAGCUUCCAGGUUAUUUAGCUCAUGAAUUAUUUAUAUCUGGAAUCAAUGUAUUUACAUUUUAAAGGCAGAUGCUGCAUGUACAUGAACACUGGUUGAUCUUUUGCUUCAUCCUGACCUGGAUUAGAAGAUCCACAGUCUAUCCUGGGAACAAUCCACCCAUCCAUCAUACUCACAUAUUCCAGCGGGCAUCUUGGUAUAAUACGAGCAUUGUAUUGGGAGGCAGAUGCAAACCAAAGGACAGUCACAUGGACAGCAUGCAAACCACACACACACACACACACACACACACACACACACACACACAGAGCUCAGGAUUAAACUGUGGAGCCUGAAGCUGUAAGGCAGCAGCACUACCCACUGUUUCCGGGUGUCUUUUACAUCCCGAAGUACGAAUCUAAUGGAAGUGAGUGAUAACAGGCAUCGAUUCUACUCCCUCAUCACACAUUCCCAGUCAUUAAAGAGCCUCCAGCCUCUUCGGUUCAGUUUGUUUCCUUCCUCAGCUGCACGUCUGUUACCAGCUUGUGUGUGUCUCCAGUAACGUCACAUUAUGUUAACGUUGGUGUCAGUCUGUGUUUUGUCAGGAUUUUCAGUUUCUCUAUGAGAAGCAGCUCACACUUACUUCGCUCUCUCUCUCUCUCUCUCUCUCUCUCUCAGCACUGUGUUACAGAAUCGUGUUGUCAUUCACAAAAUCAGUACUUUUCCCCCCUGACGCUGCUGUCAAGUGUUGCAUUUGCUCACGUUCGUUGUUGUGAACCACGUUUUCAGAUCGAAGCCUCCGCAGCAGCAGGGAUUUCGUUUCAAUUCUAAGUCACAUGCCAAUGCUAAGUCACUGCAAGUCAUCAGACGUCUGCUAGUGCCUUGCAAAAGUAUUUUGCAUCUUUUUUUUUUUGUUGUUGUUGUUGUGGGAGACUGAAAUCGUGAUUAUGCACCACGACUAAACACUAACCAGUUAUUCAUACGGAAACGGGAGGAAAAAGCAUUUGCAAAAAGUAUUAACCCCCCCAACGUGAAGUGUCACGUGAUCUCAGUUCUCCUGUCCCUGGAAGAAGUUUGUUAGAGGACAUAUUAAAUACCGUGAAGCCAAUCCAAACAUCAGACCGGAUAGAGAGGAGAUCGAUCGGAUAACGACCAAGUGGCUAGGGGUAACCUUGAACACGAUGCUACCGCCACCAUGUUUCACUCUUCCGUCAUCAUUUUGUAUACUGGAUUGAAAUCACUUUUUCUCGGUUUCAGGAUGCAACACUUUAAAGCCCUGUGGUUUUUUUUUGUUUUCUUCAUGAGGAAAAUUUGCACCUAAAGAAAAUAGAAAUCAAUAUUCUACAUUAAUAAUAUAGAGAAGUAUAUAUAUAUAUAUAUAUGGAGAUUGAGUUUUUAUUCCUUAAUGGAAAAUAUAUUAAUAAUAAGUAGAAAAAAAGUUUUAACCGUCCUGUUCUAGUCUAUAUUUUUGCAUUCGGAAGCAACUUACCAUCCACAGUGUGGCCUUAACUGUGUUUCUGUGUCUGUAUGCUCCAGUGGUGCUGUCAGAGUCCACGUUUAGGGCAACGCUUUCACGUCUGCCCUCUGCCUUUUAUCAGUUCAUUACCUUAUUUAAGAGAAAAUGCCUGUCAGGGUUGGAUUUUUAAAAAUCAGUCUCCAAAUAUUGGACUCCAAACUACAGUCAAAUACACCAGACCAAAUCACCCAAACUGACGAGCAGGAAUUACAAGGGCGUGUCGUAAAGCCGUUUGCUGUUGGCCGUGUCUGAAGAACUGUAUAGAAUCCGAUCUAAAAUCGGAUCGAUUUUCUCCACUAGUGCAGUGUAUUUCAUCAGCCUGAAGAUUCCGCUUGUCUAUGAGCGUGGCACGUUGUCAUGUUGCUUUGGAUAUUGCUGGAAAUAAAACAAUGUGAAAGCCGCGUAGCUGCUUGAUGACUGUGUAAACGUCGAUCAUUUCUAUGUCUUGCUUCGAAUGGUUUAUUUAUUCAUUUAUGUUCAUGGCUCCUGCUUUUUUUUUCCGCCUUUGUAUGUGAAACCCGCACUUGUUCAAUGGUGGUUUACGAUUAAAUGAUAAAUGUGCCUCGAAAUAA